UCUCGAAUAUAUUUGGCAACCGGAGUAUGCGCUGGAUUCAGCAGACAGUAUGGCGGACAACGAAAGUGAUUUGGAAAUAGACGGGCUUGAAACAGCUCUGGACACUCUGUGUCUCAGACACUGCAGCAAGGAGUCCUCUCUGAACAGCAAAGAGUACUGCUCAGAUUUCUGUGAGUUGGUAGAGGAGUACACGGGCCAGUGGCAUGUUCCUCUCCCUCAGCUCAAAGUGCUCCGGACUGCUCUCUGCAAUUUCACCAAAGCCACAGCUGCCUUUCCAGAUGACUGUCAGCACGUCCAGUAUGUCCUCAGCAGUCUGGCCUUGAGCUUCUUUGAGCUGAUGCUGUUUUUCAGCAAAGAGGAAUUCAUUGAAGAGCCUCUAAAAGACAUCCUUGAUACUUUUCAGGAGUGCCACUGUAGACUCCUGAGACACAGGAACGUGUACCUUCAGCACGUGAAGCAAACGAUCAAAGGAGGAGGUCCGUGGGAGAGUCCGGUGCUGCAGGGGAUCCUCAAAGAGACAGACCUGCCACCUAAUGAAGUUGAGGACUUCUUGAGCUCUGAAUUGCCGAUAUUUUUGGAGUUGCGGGUUCGAUAUCUGCAGGCCUGCGAACGAGUGCAGGAGGUCAUGGCUCUGGCUAAAUGCUGUCUGGAAAAUCACGAGACUGGAAAGCAUCUUUACUUCCAUCAGGCCUACCUGACCUGCCUCUUUAAAGCCUCUCUGUAUGAAAACCUUCAGAAAGAGAUGGCAGAAAUAGACGGCCGCGAUGCCGUGGAGAUCAUUUGCAACACAGAAAGUGUGGAGAAGGACGAGUUCUUGUUGUCACUGUGCCGGGCUUUCCUCACCCGGCAGCUACAUAAAGGUGACAUGUACUAUAUCUGGGACCUGGUUUUCAUCUGGAGCAGGCUGUACCUUAGGGCCCAUCCUUCCCGACAAGGCUUCUUGGCUGAGUGCUUGCAGCUAGCUUCCUCUGCUACCAAUGUCAGAGCCAUCUUCCCCAUCAUCAAACUGGUCACCACAGAGCUGGGUGCUGAGGGGGUCCAGGUCUGUGUGGAGCUCUGCUGUAGGGCCUUGCAGCUGGUUGACCUGCAGGCUGACGCUGUAACCCAGUCACUGGUCUGUAAGACCAUCGCCUUCCUGCUGCCUCAUGACCUGGAGAUCUGUCGGGCGUGUGCCCUUCUCGUCUUCUGUCAGGAACGAAGCCUGGAGGCAUACCGAACGGUCUGUCUGCUUUACAGGCACCCCGAUGAAGAGCAACAUCCCCACAGCAACGCUGUCCGCACCAGUGUUCGCUUCCCUCUCCUGCAGAUGCUCAAGGAACGCUUGUGUUUUGACCCUGAAUUCUGGAACCUUUUCACUCUCAGGACUCAUUGCUUAGAGUUGAUGAGCGACAACGUAAUGAAGGAUGCUGAACUCAGUGAGAUAAAGGAGGAACAGGAAGAGGAGUACAAUGAAGGGCCCUUACCAAAUAACUGUAGAAACGAGCCGUGCGCUUUAGAUUCAAAGUCAUGCCGCUUGACUCAAACUACGUUUGUGAGCCAAGACCUCUCCGAGAAGCAAACUGAUGACAGAGCAGGAGGAAAGUGCAUUGCACCAAAUAACUCUUCUCUAAAGAAAGGCAAAUGGAGGAAAAGACUUAGAAAGAGAACACCGCCUUUGUCUGAUGAAGAGCGUGAACCCGGUGAUGAUCCAGAGUUUAGGUACAAUCUAAAAUCUGUCUCUCUGGGUAACACACCCAUGUACUCACUGAGACAGAAUCACUCCAGCACGGAGAAACCAGCCCCUAAGUUCCCACUUAAUCGCAAGAGAGAGUACUUAUCUAGAUGUGUUAAAAGCCAAAUUUUCAAAAGGAAAGGUCAGAAGAAGAGGUGGUUGCAGGGUCUUCCAAGGAUUGAACAAGUGCAGACCAUAAAGGUGAUCAGAGGAAAGAAACGGGGUAGGAAGCCUUUACACAAGCUGGAGCUCUCCUACCCUGAUAAUGUAGUAUACCUUCCACCAGAGGAAUCGACUGAUGUUGGAGCAAAACCGGAAGUCAAAGAACAGGAAAUGCCUAACGAGGAUAUCCGGUGUGAGAACAAAAGUGAACAAAAGGAGAGUGAACUUGACCGUCCAGGUGACACGAGCGUAAUUGGUGGUAGCGGUCAGAGUGAACACACCCAAGAGGUAUCCAGACUUUGUGAUGGGACGUUGGACGAUCAGCAGGCAGCUGAAGCUAACCCUGAGCUGGAUGGUCCACUUAUGGAGUCGGUAGAGAACUCAGUAGAACAGUUUCACUGCUACUGUCUUCAAUUCGGACAAGAUGAAAACGAGCAACCACAACCCCCAGAGCCGAAUGCUUCUGGUGUGACUAACGGAGAUCCAGAACAGAAGCCAGAAGUCCCAAAAACUCUGGAAAAAGCCAAGACGACGUGGAGGGAACGAGUACUCCGCACCCAACAGUACAGAAACUGUGCAUAUUCCUGCAAGUUCUGCGAUAAAACUUAUAAGGGUAUGAAUGUCAUGAGACAUGCAAUUGCUCAUCUGAAGAUGAGAAAACUCAAGUGUAUUUUCUGUGGAAAACGCUUCAAAGUGCUUAAUUUAGCCAAAAAUCAUGUGAUGGAGCACAUCGAGGAAAUGUGCAAACAGACGCCCUGUGAGCCGAGCGUCAAGGAAGCGCCGCCUGCCAAUGGAAUUAUGGGAAACGUGGAAAACGAGAGCCAGCCUCAGGAUGAAAAUCUGGUUUCUGUUUCUCAGAAGGAACCCAAACGCAAAAGUACAGUGUGCAGCCUCAGCAGAGAGGAACGAAUCAUUAAGAACACUCGCAUCCUCUUUAGAAAGAGCUUCAUGCCUCAGAAAAAAGGCCCCAGCCCAGAAACGCAAGUAAAGAAGCAGGUGGACUUUAAGGACGAGCAGGUGGUCAUUACAAAUGAUCUGGUGAUGGUUAAAAACGUAACGUUGCUACAGACAGAAGAAGAGGACAAGAACGUGCCAGCUGGAGAAAAUGGCCAGGGUUUGGACCUGACCUAUCACUUGUGUCCAUCAGAAGCCUGUGAUAAAGUAUUUUUGAAGAUUAGCAGUUCGCUGACAAGGCAUGCCCUCAAAUGCCACAUCAAUGAAGACCAAGUUCUGGAAAAGGCUUUUGUUUGGUCCAAGCACAAGUGCGUCUUUUGCACGAGAUUAACACAGUUCCUUCAGCAGUACAAGGAGCACAUGAUGCUUCACAGCGACCCUUUACCACACCUCUGCUACCAUCUAGAGUGUAAACGGCGCUUCUCGACACAACAGGAAUUAAAGGACCAUAUCCGUACUCACGAUCCGUUAAGGCUCCAGUGUCAGUAUUCCAACUGUGACAAACUUUUCUCUAAUUUCCAAACUCUGUACGAUCACGAAUGGAGGCACUACAUUCCCGUGCCACUGAAGGAAGAGCUAGACGUGGAACACAGUAAAGCUGUUCAGCCGAGUGAAGAGGCUCCUUGGAAGCAGAGAGUAAAGGUGGAGGAGCUUUGGCUUCAGAACAAGAAGGGCCAGAGGGAGAGUCCCACUCCUGGGAUUCAUGUAGAUGGGAACGAAAUGGCGGCUUGUGGGACUCAGACAACUGACCUUCGCACAAAUGUGCCCGAACAGGACAGCUCAGCGGAAACGGUCAGUCAUGAGCCCUUGAAAGACAAAUCCACCAUUAAUGGAUACGAGGAGAUAAUCCCAACUUCCCAUGUGGAUGGCAAAUCUACUCCCAGUAAAAACCGUGGAAAACAGCCUCGGACGUUUUGCCCCAUAAAUGUCAAAGAUGGCGAUGAAAUUUAUACUUUGGUUGAGGGAGUCCAUAAAAACAUAGCAGAGCCCCACAUCAUCGAGCACAAAACCUUCAAGCCAGAAGAUCCCGCUUAUGCACGUUUUGUUAAAACGCCCUUCGUCCGACCGCCACCUAGCACUUAUCUCGAUGAAUCUGUGCUGUCGAUGCGGAAGAAGAGGUCCGCCGACAAUGCGCCGCCUCAGAAAUAUGUAUACAACCACUUUAAGAAGAAAAAGGAUUCAGUAACUAAGAAGCAACCGGUCGUUGUAGACCCAGAGCCAAAGGUCAGACAUCGCUGUGACAAUUGUCUGACCUUGUUUUGCACUAAAGAAGAACUACAGAAGCAUCAAGCACUUAACACCUGCUCCUCACUCUUUGGCUUUGAUUCUGAUGAUGAAAGUUAGUUUGAUUGAUUCAGUUGUUUAAAAUAUAAUGACAAAUACUCUCUGACCUGUAGUUUUUUCGUGUGAAGUGGAGCUGCUGCUGGAGUUUUAAAACUCAUUAGUGCCAAAUUAUCCAGUCGGUCAAACGCUGGGGUCGGGAGUGUGACGUCAACGAAAAGAGGAGUUGUUAAAAUUUUAACAGCUACAUCAUGCAUUCAUUUUCCUUUUUAGAUCUAACUUAAACUUUGAUAUUUAGCAAUGUCAAUGUGAAUGCUGAGGUCACUGAGGUGGUUAAAAAGCUCCUCUGUGGCAAGGCUCCAGGGGUGGAUGAGGUCCGCCGGGAGUUCCUUAAGGCUCUGGAUGUUGUGGGGCGGUGUUGGCUGACGCGGCUCUGCAAUAUCGCUUGGACAUCGGGGGCAGUCCCACUGGACUGGCAGACCGGGGUGGUGGUCCCCUUAUUUAAAAAGGGGGUCGCAGGGUGUGUUCCAACUACAGGGGGAUCACACUCCUGAGCCUUCCUGGUAAGGUCUAUUCAGGGUUCUGGAGAGGAGGGUCCGUCGGAUUGUUGAACCUCAGAUUCAGGAGGAGCAAUGUGGUUUUGGUCCUGGCCGUGGAACACUGGACCAGCUCUAUACCCUUAGGGGGAUCCUGGAGGGUGCGUGGGAAUUUGCCCAACCAGUCCACAUGUGUUUUGAGGAUUUGGAGAAGGCGUUUGACCGCGUACCUCGGGGGACCCUGUGGGGGGUACUCCGGGAGUAUGGGGUACCAGGCCCUCUGAUACGGGCUGUUAGGUCCCUGUAUGACCGGUGUCAGAGCUUGGUCCGCAUUGCCGGCAGUAAGUCGGGCUCGUUCCCAGUGAGAGUUGGACUCCGCCAAGGCUGCCCUUUGUCACCGAUUCUGUUCAUAACCUUUAUGGACAGGAUUUCUAGGUGCAGCCAAGGUGAGGAGGGCAUCCGUUUUGGUGGCCUGAGGAUCAGGUCUCUGCUUUUUGCAGAUGAUGUGGUCCUGUUGGCUUCAUCAGAACGUGAUCUUCAGCUUUCGCUGGAGCGGUUCGCAGCCGAGUGUGAAGCAGCUGGGAUGAGAAUCAGCUCCUCUAAAUCUGAGACCAUGGUCUUGAUUCGGAAAAGGGUAGAAUGCCUUCUCCGGGUCAGGGAUGAGGUCCUGCCCCAACUGGAGGAGUUUAAGUAUCUCGGGGUCUUGUUCACGAGUGAGGGUAUGAGGGAUCGGGAGAUCGACAGGCGGAUUGGUUCGGCGUCUGCAGUGAUGCGGGCGUUGUACCGGUCUGUCGUGGUGAAGAGAGAGCUGAGUCAGAAGGCGAAGCUCUCGAUUUACCGGUGGAUCUACGUUCCUACCCUCACCUAUGGUCAUGAGCUUUGGGUAGUGACCAAAAGAACGAGAUCGCGGAUACACGCGGCUGAAAUGAGUUUUCUCCGCAGAGUGGCUGGGCUCUCCCUUAGAGAUAGGGUGAGAAGCUCGGUCAUUCGGGAGGUGCUCGGAGUAGACCCGCUGCUCCUCCACAUCGAGAGGAGCCAGUUGAGGUGGCUCGGGCAUCUGGUCCCUGGUGAGGUUUCCCGGGCACGUCCAACCGGGAGGAGACCUAAAGGUAGACCCAGGACACGGUGGAGGGACUAUGUCUCUCACCUGGCCUGGGAACGCCUUGGGAUUCCCCCGGAGGAGCUGGCCCAAUUGGCUGGGGAGAGGGAAGUCUGGGCCUCUCACCUUAAGCUACUGCCUCCGUGACCUGACUCCGGAUAAGCGGAUGAAAAUGGAUGGAUGAAUGGAAUUUGAAUUGGCAUUAAUUAUUUUGUGUAGGUUUUUCUUCCAAAGCCUAGUUUAUACUUCUUGUUAACCAAGUUUGCACUCACGCACGCACAUUGUCGGAGAUGUUUUACUCCUUCUUUUGCAUGUCGGUGUUGUGAAGCAUUUCUCCACCAGGAGAUGGACGUUGUGCUUUUCUGGGGUAUCCUGCUAUCAUUAAAGUCACGUCUCUAGUGUUUGUGGAGCCCGAGUCUCCUCUCCUUCUGGUCGGCUCAUGGAUCCCCGAAACGACGAAUGGGAUUUUUCUAAUUCACUUUGCCUUACACCCUAAAUCACACAAACGUUGGACUUCAAUUUAAAUCAAAAUAAAUGAUGUGAGGUUCAACUAUGUUUAUCCCGUACUUAGAGAUUUAUUAGCUUGUAAAAAUUAGUUAAUAAAAUGACCACGAAUCAGACGUUGCAGAAUCUCUCUCGCUCGCUCGCUCGCUCACUCACCACAUGGCCAGAUCGUUUGCUUUGGUUCUCCAGGUUUUCAUGCUCCCGUCAUCCUGGAAGAAAUAUUGGAAGCUCGCUAAAUUCAGAGCCGUUUUCUUUUCGUGUCUGGUUCGAUGACGUGAAUAUGGUUCGAUGAACAUUUGUUGUCCUAUUUGUCUUUUGACACAAAACUUAAAGAAACUUUCGACUCCAUUUGAAAAUAAGCGCCUUCUUGCAUCAGAAUGUGGCCUUAACAUUCGUGGACAUCAUGUGUGAAGUCCAUGGCACAUGGCACAUGGAAUUAGAAAAUAACUUUUAUGGCCCCAUUGACUUGCAUUCAUCUUUUCUCGUUUCCGGAGACCCGUGCUCCGGAAGUAGAUGGGCGUGGCCCUUUUUAGGUUUAAUGAAUUUCAGAGACUUUAAAAAGCGCAAAUUUGACCCUCAUUCUCCUCCACCUCUCGUUCAGGCAGCACCUCCGUAAUUUCCCGACACGAAUUGAAAGUUUGCAGCGUGUCUUUGUACUCCAUCAAUCACGGUUGUAUUAACGUCUCUAUCGUUUGAUUUUUUUUCCACGAGACAUUCUACAAUCUGCUCCGUGUCUGCACCUAGAUAUGUUCAACUGUCUUAUGUUUUUAGAGGACGGCUGUGAUGUUGACAAGGUUAAAGGAAGCGGCAUCCUGAGCAUUCACAAGCUUUCAGUCUCCGCUUUUGAUGGAUAGUUAGAAAAACAAGGCUCUGCUUCAUCCGUCCUCGCGAACAUGUUGAACCCUUGCAACCAUGGAUAAAGGGCAUUUGGUGUCUGCGCACACAGAAGUAUAAACUAAGCUUUAAGGCUGUUUUACGGCUUCCACAAUCAACCUACACUAUCGUAGUUGUAAUGUUUGCCUCUCUGGAGGUGUGCAGACAUGACUUGUCACUCUUCCUUAUACAGUUGCAGCCCUGUGAGAAUCAGCGGUGCAGAAGCAACGGUACACUGAGCUCAAAACGCUGUUGUAACUCUGUUUUACUGUUCGUGGGAAGAACAACUACAUCACGUCAUUAGAGCUGUAGCCAGAACAUCCACAACAUGUAAAUCUGCAUAUCGGAUGUGGAAUUUCCGCACAGCGUUUAAAAUAUGCACGUUUUGAUUGGUGCCAAGGCAGAAUCUGGGUUUGCUUUCAAAUCCAUACAAGCUCAUUCUAAAGACAAGCUAAUGACUCAAAUUAGCAUUUCAUCAUAGGAAAAUACCCUACUCUGACGCUUCUUUGAGUAAACAUUUUUAAGUGCUUUUUCUGUCCUAAACUUUUUAUUAUGUUUUCAUGAGACUGUGAAGUUUAUAUGUACAGGUGUGAAGUUUAUAUGUACAGGUGUGAAUAGCUUGGUUUUGUACAUCUAAUGAAGAUAAUCGUAUAUUUUUCCUUGAAGAAAAAAAGUGAUUAAACUUCCAUCCAUCCAU